AUGUCUUACCACAGCUACGAGGUCACUCCCGAUCAGCCCGGCUUGCCCGCACAGCCAAGUCGCGUCGCUUACGCUCCCCUGGGUCAACAUGCGGGCGUUCGUUACGUCUCAUCAGGCCAACCUGCGUCUAAUGUUCGGUACGUGUCAUCCUACCAGCCAAGUCAAACUACCCACUCACACCAGCCCCAGCAGGUUACUCGCAGUAUCGACCGUCGUGAUGACCGUUCGGCCUCUCCCAGACGUGGCACCGGACGCCGCCGCUCCAGUGCCGACGUACCCCUGAUGUACCUCCGCCAACGCCGCAUCAGCGCAAUCGCCGACGAUCUCCCAAUCCGCUACCGUCGCGAUCACCCCAACACCGCCCAGAACAUCUAUCACCAGGACCGUCUCUUCGAACACAGCUCAAGCUGUCGUCGCGUGGAUGGAAGGUUCCAUUGCUACUGUGGUUUCACCACUGCCAGACAGGUCGAGCACGUCAGCCACGCGACCCGUGCCCACAGGGCUCCAACUCCAUUUGUCUGCCCUGUCUGUGGUAUCCAUUGCCCCCGUGGUCUGUACCAGUACAACGACCACCUGCAGACUUACCACCCAGGCAUCGUCCAGCACGCUGCUCUCCAGUACCGCAAUGAUCGCUUCGUUCGCCGCGAUGGAUCCUACUACAACUGA